AUGGACAUUUCUAGGCUCAUAAUCUAUGCUCAGCAGGUUGUAGAGGAUAAGAGGAAAGAUAGAGAAGAUCAGUUGAGCAAGAUAGCCAAAUUAGCUGGGCAUGAGAAUGAGCUGAUACAAGGGACUGAAGAGGAAGCUUCCCUGUGGCAGACUUCAUUGAGAAGAGUGCAAAGGGGUUACCAGGGGUUGUUUAACUGUGGUAAAGAGGGCCAUUUCCAGAGGGAUUGCCUGAUGUUGGGAGACAAAGCUCAAUCUUUUAUCGCGGCACCACCAAGUCAGGGUUACCAUAGGGGUACUACUGUAGGUGCCACUUUGUCAUUUGUGACCCCUCAUGUGGCAAAUAAAUUUAAUAGAAUUUCUGAGUGUCUGCUUGAGCCUUUCAGUAUGUCCACUUCUAUUGGUGAGUCUAUUUUAGCGGAGAGGGCUUGUUAUGCCUCUGUCGAUUAUAGGACUCGAGUGGUUAAGUUCAGUUUCCCAAAUGAGCCUGUCUUAAAAUUCAAAGAUGAUAGUGUCGAGUCCUCUACUCUUGAGUCAGUCCCCAUUGUAAAUGAGUUCCUAGAAGUGUUUCUUGAGGAUCUUCCCGGAGUCCCUCCUGAUAGAGAGAUAGAUUUUGAGAUUGAUGUCCUUCCCGAUAUGCAACCUAUUUCUAUUCCGCCAUAUAGAAUGACUCUUGCCGAGUUGAAAGAGCAACUUUAA